UUCAAUCCCAAGCAGUGUUCGCAAGACAAUCCACAAUAUCAAGGAGAUCACGGGCAAUCCCAGUGAAGAGGAGAUAUAUGCCACGCUCAAGGAGUGUUCCAUGGAUCCCAAUGAGACGGCCCAGAAGCUCCUCCUUCAGGGUUUCCUAUCUUUCUUUGUUUGUUUUUUCGGCUUCUUCUCUUUGAGCUCUAUGGUGUAUUAUUUGGGGUUGAUCUUGAUUUUUCAUCAUGAUGUGUUGUGAACUAUGAUUGGUGAUUAAUGGAUUUUGGAUUCUUCAUUUGGGAUUUGGUUUGAUUAGAUUUGGUAUGUUUUUGUUAUGGUGUAUACUCUUACUUGAGUCAAACCAAGUUGGGGUUUUGAUUAGCUUUACUGGGUUUUCGCUUUUUAUUUACUUUUUCUAAGGUUGACUGUUGUUUCUUGUCAUUUACAGGAAAAUUGUUGCUCUGAAUUUUUCUUGCCCUCGUUUUCACAGCUUAAUUUGGGUUGGCUUUUUAUAGUAUGGUUUCAGGACUAUGAGCUUGUUGUUAAGACUCUGAUGUUCAUGAGUUUGAUAUAGGAUAGAUAGAAGAUUGGACUUGAGCCACUUGGUUACUUUAUCACUUUCAUCAGUUCAUGGUUGUAAUGUUGUUUAGAUUUAAUACAUUUUUGCAAACAAAUAAUGUUACCAUUAUUAAUGAACUUCUAUGUAUGAACUGAUAAGAGCAGAAAACUUGCCAUAAAUCGUUGCAAGUGAUGCUUGCUUAACACUAGUCUAGAUAUCAUUAAAUUGUAGACUAAGUGGUGCGUUGAAGUGAUCAUGUAAUUUAUUUUAAUUGAGGUUGUUCAUUAGUUAAUUUAAUACCUCUUGAUCAUCUUUUCAUGCCGAGUUUCAAAUGUUAUCUGCCUCAGGUGUUCAAGAUCAAUGUUUUCAAGUUGUGGGCUUUCUCUUAGAUGUAUCUCAGCAAUGGAAUCAAUUUUUAUUGUGAUAUUUAGAAAAUUUAGUUCAAAUAUAUGACAACAUGGAAAUCAAGCACUUAGAUAAAGUUCUAUCUACUGCUGUCACUUUUUUUUUUGAUAAGUCUAUCUACUGCUGUCACUUACUACUACUACUACUACUACUCUAUGCUUAGAGAAGGCACUAUUUAAAGGAUAUUUUAACUGCUUUGAGUCAGGCUUGUCAGUUUUGAGCACGGAUUAAGUGAUCUAAUUGACUUAUUACCUUUUUAGUAGUUGAUAAUAAUCUUUGCUCAGAGCAUUUUGGGGUUACAAGAAAAUUAGACAUUGAACUUCAAAAAGCAUGCUCUGGCAUAGUUAUUUUUCCUUAUGAUUUUAUUGGUUAUGUUUUGAAUGAACAGUUGCCAAGUGUUAUGGGUCUCUCUCUCUUGCUCUCUCUCUAGGUAUUGUACCAGUCAAAUCUGCAUCUUUGUUUUGUUAUCUCCAUUGGGAUGGAUAGAACUUUUAUUAAAUCCAGGAUUAAUAAAUGUAUCCAACUGUUCUCUUUUAUUUUUGAUUUCAUCCUCUCUGAAGAAAAUAACAAGUGCAUGCUAUGUUUUCACAGAUACAUUCCAUGAGGUCAAAAGAAAACGUGACAAGAGAAAAGAGAAUUUGAACAACAAAGAGUCUGCAGAGUUGAGGUGGAGGCCUGGUAUGCAGGGUCGGUGGAGCAGUGCUGGGCGUGGGAACUAUUUACCUCGUUACUUUGCUCAUGAUAUUGGUGGUGGUAGAAAUUCUGCUCCUGGAAAGGAAAAUGGAUUCAUUCACAUUUCAGACAAGGGAGUUGGUCUCCCGUCUUCCCCUACCUCUCAGAAUACGAAAAAUAAACAAACCACUCCCACAACAAGCUCUGUAAUUGUCGUAACCGAUGGUUCCACUGACAUAGCUUCUGAAAUUACUGGUGCUGCACAUACUGCCCAUUUGUCUGCAGGUGGCGCAGUCAAUCAAUCCGAGGAGGUUUCAACUGUUGGCAUAAGUAAGCUGAGGGGUUCAUCAUCAAUUAUGCACCCUGUUGGCGCAAAGGAAAACCCUACCAUUGAUUUUGGAACUGGGGACACACUGGGGCAGCUCACACCAAGCUCAAAUAACAGCUCUGCUUCAAUGGCUACAGCGCCUUCCUCCAGAGACUAUUUUUCAGAUUCAGAUUCAGUUCUGGUGCCGCCUCUUGACUCACGGCUCCCCAGUGCUAUGGUUACAAUUGAACAUGGAACCCAAAGCCUGCAACAUAUAACAGUUAUCCCAGUUGAGAGCAAAUCAACUGCCCUGCCUAGUAAGGAGUGGAAAGCAAAGCCAACCAACCCUAAUCUUGCUCAAGGGUCUGGGACAGCUGGUUCAUCUGAGGUCCCCAAUAAAGUGGAAGCUAAUACCCGGUCAGGCCCUGUAUUUAGUGCGCUUGAUUCAAUGGAAGCCACUUCAAAACUGCAGAGGAGGAAGCUUGAUAAGUUACAUAUUUCAGAUGUUCAACAUGUUAUCUUCCCAAGUCAUAUCCAUGUCCCUGAAGUUGAAAAUUUUGGGUUUUGUUUUGGAAGUUUUGAUACAAGUUUUGGUUUUAGCACAAGCUCUGAUAAUGAUAGAGAAAGUGACAAGAGUGCUACAACUCCUUCUGAAAUUUCUGCUAGGAUUGAAGAAACUGUGGAGCAGUCCUCAAGCAAUCAAAAUGCAUUGGCAACUGCUGAGGAAGGAGAUUUUACCAAUCAUCCGCAAUCACCUACACAUGUCCCAGAAAAUUUUUCUUCUAGUGAGGGCGAUGUCUUGUCCACUGCAGUCCCACCAGAGUAUACUGAUUCAAAGCAAGAGACUACCUUGCUACCUGUAAGCAGUCAGUGUUCAACGAUUCAUACUGCUUCUAACUACAAUUUUGGUUUCAUGCCUCCAAUGCUCAGCAGUCAGCUUGCACCAUUUGAAAGCUCCGAGUCUCAACCACGUGAUGUUUCUCACCUUCCUAGCUUUGUUGUUCCACAACCACUUGAUCCAACAUGCUAUGCUCAAUUUUAUCGGUUUGGUGCUGAUAGUGAUGGCCGUGUCUCUCCCUUUUAUUCACCUGGAGUUGCGGCUAAGUACAAUGGGAGUGUUACAGUGUUAUCUCCACAGACUUCUCAGCCUCCUCAAGAGGGUGGAAACUCUGUGGUUUUGUCUACAGCAGGUCCAACUCCACUUGUAACUCAAGCUGCUGUGGUCAUGCAGAACUCAAUAGCUCUAACUCAGCAACCACUCCCUCUCUUCCGACUACCAACUGGGGUUCAUAUACCCUAUUAUCCUCAGAACUUCAUUCCAUAUGGUCACUAUAUCUCCCCAUUUUAUGUUCCACCUCCAGCUGUCCACCAAAUUUUAAGCAAUGGUGCAUUCCCUCAGCAACCACAGGCUGGCAGUGUAUAUCCACCUCCACCAGCAGCAACUGCCAAAUUUUCACUUCCACAAUACAAACCAGGAACUAAUGCAGGAAAUGCAACCCAUAUUGUAUUGCCUGGAAGCCAUGGACCAUAUGGCUCCUCCCCAGCUGGUUAUAGUCCCAGUUUAGCUGUGACAAAUGGAAACUCAGCCGUUAAUGAGGAUCUUGCUUCAUCCCAGUUAAAGGAAAGUAAUGUUUACAUUACUGCGCAGCAGACUGAAGGUUCAGCUGUAUGGAUCACUCCACCAGGCCGAGACAUAUCUGCUUUGCAGGCUGGUUCCUUCUACAACAUUCAUCCAGGUCAGGUGACUUUCAACCCAAUGCAGGCCAGCCAUGGCACCUUUCCUGGUUUCUAUCAGCCUGCACAAGCUGUCACACCAGCAAGUGUUCACCCACUUUUACAAGUGUCUCAGACCGUUGCUGGAGCUGUUGAUAUGGUCGGACCUACAGCUGGUGUCUUUCAGCAGCUUCAACAUGCACAGAUUAACUGGCCCAGUAGUUUCUGAAAUGGUUUUUCUUUUUCUUUUUUUUUGUGUUGG